AUGAACCUUCCUGGAAAGCCCGCGUUCGAGACAGCGUGUCCAAGUGCCUCGGAUUCGCGAAGUCUACAGCCGUCGUCGGACAUGGAAGACCUCGAGCGGCGCCUGAAGACUCACUUCGCUGAAGUGACCUCGUCGCAUUGGGUGUCUGCGCACGACAAGUGUUGUUCGUUUGAAGAUGCAUACAUGGAGGCGGCAGAAAACGAGAUCCUGGCCCUUGAAGCGGAACCAUCGGAAGAAGCUGAUGGAAAACUGCUUGAGGCCUCUUCUGAAAGUGAAUAG